AUACCACACUACAUCAAUACUGAACUUGUAAAUAUACCCGGAUUCGCAGGACUCUUCCUGGCUGGUGUUGUAAGUGCUGGAACAAGCACAAUAUCAUCAGCGAUAAAUUCACAAGCAGCGAUCCUCUACGUCGACGUCAUCGCUCACGGAUACAAAAGAGCAGACGAGCACGUCUUGAUGAUUACACGCAGCACCGCUCUUAUUCUAGGUUUGAUAAUGACAGCGUAUAGCUCACUGGUUAUACACAUGGGAUCCUUAACUAGGAUACUUUUAUUGGUGAACACAGCAUGCACGGCGCCGUUUGUCGGAUUGUGCAUCUUGGCUGUGUUGUUUCCUUUUGUUCAUUGCAAGGGCGCUGGUGUAGCGACACUCUUGAUGCUUGGCUACCAACUCUGGCACAUGGCUGAGACUAUCAAAACAGGAACAAGAGCUGCAAGACUUCCAGUAUCUCUUAACUACUGCCCUGGAAACCAAAGCAGUGCAUUUUCACCACUUGACAUUACCUCCACAGUGCCAAACCUUGAAUCAGAAGAAACUUUUUUGAUAUUUCACGUGUCACACUUCUGGAGCAGUUUCUUCGCUUUCAUCGGAACUAUCGUGAUUGCAGUAUUUACAAGUGUGGUCACAGUAUUAUAUCCCUGA